AUGUAUACCGCACCCAGCAUGCCCUAUACACUGUUUCUCACAGCUUCCUUCGCCAUACAGGCUCUGGCGCAAUCUACCAAUCUCACUUUCUCCUUCUCUCCGGCCACACUGGACACAUGCGCCGCCAACGGCUCGGCAGAAGCCAUCACCUUCACCACAAGCAGUGUGCCUCCAACGUACCAAUGCUUCAACAUCGAAGACCUCUUUGCCUCUUCCAACACAUCCAGUAGCUACGGCUCCCGCACAAGUCAACAAUCCACCAUCACCUACGAAGAGGUCUCCUGGCGCAUCUUCAAUGCCGACACAUACUCAACCCAAACCAAUUACUCGAGAUUACGGUAUCAACAACAAAACAUUACCUCACCUUCCCAAGGCGAAGAUGCUGCAAGGAUGUUGGAAGUAUUUAGUGGACGAGACUGUCACCAGACUGGCUCUUCGAACACGACUGUCUACCCUAUAUUAGGUUGGACGUGCCAGAGCUCGGCGAGUGGUGAUUGCUACGAGGCUCCAUACAAUAUCAUGAGUUUCCAGAUUGGCUCGGCAGCGGCUAUCAACAGUGCCGCUAAGAAGUGUUGGGUUGCCUCGACGGGAGCAGCUGCUGAGAAACUCGGUAGUGGUAGGACUGCAACCAAUGUAGGUGCUGUGGCCAUUCUCGUAGCUGGCUUAUUGAGUCGGUAA